UUAGCCAACGCACAGUUUGAUUUCGCGGCUCUCUUGAAUCUCUUUGGGAGUUUCUUCCACUGCAAAACCCCUCCGCCUCUCUAACGAAAACGCACCAAAUUUUGCGCAAAGAUAUUCCUGGUUCGAGUGCUCGCGCUUUGCGGACGUCGGAAGUAAUCGUCAGAUGCAUUUCCGUAAUCGAAUGGUGCUUUGAAGUGGAGACUUGGCAGCGUGAAGCCAGUUUCUAGAUUGAAAGAUGUCUCAAGAUAUAAGAAAGUGGUUCAUGAAGCAACAUGGUAAAGACGCAGGAAAUGGCAAUACAUCGAACCAAGCAAAGCCAUCUACACCUCAGAAGCCUCCUGUUGUACAAGGAGAGAAAGAAUCUUCCAGUAGGAGGAAGACAAGCAAAUAUUUUUCUAAGGAUGCACAGAGUGCAAAAGAUGAGAUGGAGGUUGAGGAAGUUUCUGCAAAGAAGGCACAAAAGGGUAGUACAGGGUCACCCAAUGUGAAGCCUCCAUCAGGUAAAAAAACCCGCAAGUUUGAAAUCAGUGAUGAUGAUGACGACGAUGAUGAUUUUGCCACACCUACCUCGAGGAAGGGUUCAGUAGGCGCUAGUCCAAACAAGAAGUUGAAAAGUGGAUCUGGUAAAGGUGUUGCUCGGAAAAUUGUUGAUGAUAUUGAUGAAGAUGACGAUCAAACAGUAAAAUCUAAUGCAAAAUCUGCUGGAAGUGGUAGAGGUCGGGGUGCAAAAGGCUCUGCAGUCACCCAAAAGACUGUAGAAAGCAUGGAUGUUGAUAAGAGUGAUGCAGAGGACAUGGAUGAUAAAGAUGUUAAAUCUGUAAAACCUGGUGGGCGAGGCCGUGGUGGAAGAGGUGCACCAGCAAGCGGAAGAGGCAGAGGUGGUGGAGGAAGGGGGGGUGGUUUUAUGAACUUCGGUGAGAGGAAAGAUCCUCCUCAUAAAGGAGAGAAGGAAGUUCCUGAAGGUGCUCCAGAAUGUUUAAAUGGUUUGACUUUUGUGAUUAGUGGAACACUUGACAGCUUAGAAAGAGAAGAAGCUGAGGAUCUGAUCAAACGUCAUGGUGGGCGUGUUACUGGUUCUGUCAGCAAAAAGACGAAUUAUCUUCUAUGUGACGAAGAUAUUGGUGGACGGAAGUCUGAGAAGGCCAAAGAGCUUGGUACUGCUUUUAUUACGGAGGAUGGCUUGUUCGAUAUGAUUCGAGCAUCAAAUAAAUCAAGGAAGCCAGUAGAUAAGGUUGCUCCAUCUCCUCCCAAGAAGAGCCCUCAAAAGCCUGAAAAAAGUAAUAUGUUCCCAUCCCAUGCAAGCCAAACUGUGACAAACUCAGAUACAAAAGGAUUGGCUUCUAUUUCAGCAUCUUCUAAGCGAAAAAACCAAUCUUCUCCACAAACUUUGCUGUCAUGGACAGAAAAAUAUAGGCCAAAGGUUCCAAAUGAUAUUGUUGGGAAUCAGUCUCUGGUGAAGCAGCUCCAUGAUUGGUUGGUAAACUGGAAUGAACAAUUCCUCGAUGACAGGAAAAAGGGAAAAGGAAAGAAACAGAGCGAUUCUGGUGCUAAGAAAGCUGUGCUUUUGAGUGGGACACCUGGUAUUGGGAAGACUACCUCAGCAAAGUUGGUUAGUCAGAUGCUUGGUUUUCAAACAAUUGAGGUUAAUGCUAGUGACAGUCGUGGAAAAGCUGAUGGUAAAAUUGAGAGAGGAAUUCAUGGAAGCACUUCUAACUCUAUCAAAGAACUUGUUAACAAUCAAUCCCUGAGUUUUAAACCAGAAAGCUCUCAACAUGUAAAGACUGUUCUCAUCAUGGAUGAGGUUGACGGUAUGUCUGCUGGAGAUAGAGGUGGAGUUGCCGAUCUUAUUGCCAGCAUCAAAAUCUCAAAAAUUCCCAUAAUAUGCAUCUGUAAUGAUCGCUAUAGUCAGAAACUUAAGAGCCUUGUGAACUACUGCUUGCUGCUUAGCUAUCGGAAGCCAACAAAGCAGCAGGUUGCUAAAAGAUUAUCAAAAAUAGCAAGUUCUGAAGGGCUUCAAGCUAACGAGAUUGCACUUGAGGAACUUGCAGAAAGAACUAAUGGAGAUAUACGUAUGGCCGUCAACCACCUGCAGUAUAUGAGUCUCUCUAUGUCUGUCAUUAAAUUUGAUGACAUCAGACAACGCCUUCAAAGCAAUUCAAAAGAUGAAGAUAUUUCCCCCUUCACGGCUGUUGAUAAACUGUUUGGAUUUAAUAGUGGGAAGUUGCAAAUGGAUGAGAGAAUCAACCUUAGCAUGAGCGAUCCUGAUCUGGUUCCUCUUCUUAUCCAGGAGAACUAUAUCAAUUAUAGGCCAAGUUCUGCUGGUAAAGAUGAUAAUGGUAUGAAAAGGAUGAACUUCAUUGCUCGGGCUGCAGAGUCCAUUGGGAAUGGUGAUAUUAUAAAUGUCCAGAUACGGAGAUACCGGCAGUGGCAGCUCUCUCAGAGUGGUUGUAUUGCAUCUUGCAUCACUCCUGCAGCCCUGUUGCAUGGCCAACGAGAGACACUUGAGCAGGGGGAACGUAAUUUCAAUAGAUUUGGUGGAUGGCUAGGGAAGAAUUCUACUGCAGGGAAGAAUAACCGACUUUUGGAGGACCUUCAUGUUCAUCUUCUUGCUUCUCGUGAAUCAAACUUAGGAAGGUCGACAUUGCGACUUGACUACCUAACUCUUCUUUCGAAACGGUUGACUGAACCUUUGAAGAAGCUACCGAAGGAUGAAGCUGUUGAGAAAGUUGUCGAGUUUAUGGAGCUGUACUCUAUUAGCAUGGAAGAUUUUGAUACAAUUGUGGAGCUUUCCAAAUUUAAGGGGCAUCCAAGUCCACUGGAUGGUGUACUGCCUGCUGUAAAAGCUGCCCUCACAAAGGCUUAUAACAAAGGCAGCUCAUCACGUAUUAUUAAGACUGCGGAUUUGAUCACACUUCCUGGAAUUAAAAAGGCACCAAAGAAACGGGUUGCAGCAAUGCUAGAACCUCUUGAUGAAACUUUACCAGAAAGCACUGAAAAUGAUGAAGAAAACCUCUCAGAUGCCGAGGACCUAGAAGAUGACUUGGCUGAUCCAGAGAAGCAGCAGCUACAAUCAGAUCUGCAGUCCCUAAAUUCAAAAGCCAUUAAAGUUCAAAUGGAGUUGAAGGGUGCUGCAAGUUCAAGUGGCAAAAAGGCGCCCUCAGGCAGAGGAGGCGGUCGGGGCUCUGGGUCUGCCUCAAAGAGAAAGAGAUGAGAGCUGCUUGCCAUGUUUAAGCUGUGAAAUGGGCCGUUUUCAUCGUUUUGGUUCGCUUCACGAGUGACAGUUGGAGUGGUGGAUGAAUCAGUCUUUUCAUCUUUGCUUGUUAAGUUUAGUGUUUGUGAAGCGGUAUUAUUCUAUUUCACUGUUUGAUCGUAGCCUAUUUUUGGUAAAUACUAAGUUGUACGAAAGAAUGUUAAAGUAAUGUCUCAUUUUGGAAAAUGUCUUUUUUUUGUGGAAAAUUGCUUUUCGGUUUUUAUUUUUA